CUAAAUGUGAAUUAUGAAAUGUUUGAAUAAUUUCAAAUAAUCGAAUCAUUAUUACAACAGUCUCUAAUCAUUUUCUUAAUAAAUUCAUAAUUGCUGUCCCCUGCUUUUUUUCCAUAAAAGUUUGCAUUUGGUCAAUCCAUAUAUCCAAACAGUAAUUUCUUUUUAUUAGAUGCAUUCAGACUUAAAGUUAAAGUUACCCGACUUUUUCUCCAAAAAGGCAGUGAUGUCAUCACACAUUACUCCAAAACCAAAGGGUAUCAUAUCAAUAUUCCAGGACAUUUAAUAAUGUGACAGAAUUGAAGAGGUCUCGCUUUUCAUGCACACUGUAGAUAGCUCUGCAUGAAAGAACAACACAAAUGUUUCCAUUAGUAUAUGAUAAGACUUUUGGAUACAUUUAGUCUCGUGGGAUUGCUGCUGACGUUUUUAUUCGUUUUCCCCAAAGCACUGCCUGAAUCCUCUAACAAACAAUUAGCAGAUCCCACAGGGACGAGCUCUCCGUUCCGCUCAUUGUUUUCUUCAUGAAAUCACGGUCUGACGGUGAUCUCGAGCACUCCACGGAGCCGCAGAACAGCUGCGUCCGGUUGCGUCUGGUUUGGGAGGUUCGCGCGAUGCGUUAUUGAUCCGGAGCCGGUUGAUUUAUCCGGUAAUGUAAGCAGUGCGGAUGGUGAUGGAGACGCGCGCUGCUGUCCUCUGCGUGAUCGAUAAUGUAGCAUCACAUCAGGCAGCAGAGCGGACUUCAUCGAGCCACUUUGGAGGAGUCGCGGUGUAAGCCGCAUUAUCAGUGGCUGAAGCAUCGUUUCGCACGAGCUGAACCGAGAGAUCUCCGAGCGCACUGAACGGAAAGCGGCAAUCGCAUCUUUGAGCUCCGGAGCGACUACCACAGAAUUAUUUACCCCCAAAGACACUGCAAAUACACCGCAAAAACCAUGUCAGUAGACAAAACAUGCACCCGGUCUUCGCUGUUUGUUUCUGCGGGGGCGCGAGCGUCGACAGGCCGCUGACCGUCACAAGCAGGAGCCGGACAGGAGAACUGUGGAGGGCGUUUUUGACCGCGGUAAUAUCGGAGUUCACCCACGAGGGACCAUGUUGUCCAUCUUAGCGGCGGGGUCUGUGUUUUUCCCGGGCCUUUUCCUCUUGUCCAAGCAGUGUCUCAAAUCCAUCCCGGGACUGCGGUGGAAUGAGGGCGAUGCUGCCAUUGUUUCAGCCAGGUUGGUGUCAUCCAUCCAAGCUAUUAUGGCUUCUACGGCUGGUUACAUCAUCUCCACUUCCUGUCAGGACAUCAUUGAGGACCAGCAUUGGCUGACCAGCUCCUACAUCCUGUUCGCUGUGCCGUACUUUGUGUAUGACAUCUACGCCAUGUUCCUGUGUUACUGGUACAAGCUCCAGGUCAAAGGCCACGAGGUGGACAACGGCUCCAAAUCCAAGGCUGUGGCGCUGAGAGGCUACCUGCGGCGAGAGUUCCUCAUGAUCCUUCAUCACGUCGUCAUGGUCACCGUCUGCUUCCCCAUCUCUGUGUUCUGGAGGCAGGGAAAGGGCGAUUACUUCCAGGGUGUCAUGUUCCUGGCUGAACUCAGCACACCGUCCGUCUGUCUGGGCAAAAUCCUCAUCCAGUACAAGCAGCAGCACACACUUCUUCACAAAGUGAAUGGAGCUGUUAUGCUGAUCACUUUCUUCCUCUGUCGAGUCCUUCUCUUCCCCUAUCUCUACUACGUUUACGGAAGGUAUGCCUCUAUUCCCUUCUACCGGGUUCCUUUCACGGUGCCCUGGCAGUGUAAUCUGGGAGCGGCUCUGCUCAUGGCCCCGCAGCUCUACUGGUUCUCCCUGAUCUGCAGGGGGGCCCUGCGCCUGUUCACCGGCAGCUCCUCGCGCUCCCGCAAACCCACGGCUCCGGUCAAGCCAGACUACGAAGGACACGAGCCGCUGUCUCAGUCUGCCAACGGGUACAGUCCACGGAUGGUGGGUCGGGACACGCCCACAAUGUCGCACUGAGGGGAGGAGACUAUGCUAAUGAGACUAAGCAAAGAAAAAAGGGGAUUGGAUGAAUGCAAUGAUGAAGCGGCAGAGCAGAAGGGCAGGUUGCCAAGGAAGUACACAGAGUGAUUAAAGAGGUACUGAAAUGGACUAGACGCCCUGUAAUGCAUUACAGCACAGCAUUAUGUUUAGUUACAGGGCUCGUGUACCGUAUAUAAGACAUGCUUUAGUAGAUCAAGGGAAGCAAAAAUGCCGGAAAAAUCAGUGGAAGUGUCCACACAACGGCCAGAUGUGUGUCACAUCACAACUGAGGCAAUAAGUGCAUAUUUCACGUGAGAAAAAUUUCUGAACCAAGACAAGCACUUUUUGUUUGAGGCACUUUGAAGGGUCACAGAAUGUCAGACUGGGGCUGAGGUUUCGUGCCUGAGGUCUGUUCUUUGCAUAUAUUACUGUAGUGUUGCAGAUGCAUUGUUCAUAGAAAUGUCCUCGAUUAUUAUAUUUAGCACUGGUCUACAAAGAGCAACCCAAGGCGUCCCAAGCGCAUUCUCAAGCUUGACUGUCUCUGUAGAGUUCAGCUGAAAUGCCUCUCGUUGGGUUUAAAGGGACAGUACACCCAAAAUGAAAAUGUACCCACUCUCAUGUCGUUUAGAUGCUGUA